AUGGCGAUACUGAAAUCAAGCCUCAUAUUUGACCGCCGCAUAAUUCUUGGCCUUGCAGCUGUCGUCAUCCUAUCCUUUACCUUCGCCUUCCUCUACUCGCCCGAUCUGCGUCCCACCACCGACUGGAUACCACCGCUCACGGCAAGGCCCGCACCUGCCUUCUCUGCGCCCCCCAAGAAUCCAGACGACCCGUAUAUCGUUGAACUCGAUUACUUGGCGAUCAAACCCAAUGUCUCGGAUAAAAUCAGGUUCUAUUGGAAUAUACCGUAUGCAGCGAACGCGGGAGGAAAGAAUAGAUUUCGAGGCCCACAGCCUGUGAAUCGCACAUAUGGGCUUAGUAGAGGCAGCGGAGGAGAUGGACAAGGGCCAUUGGUAUGGGAUGGGAGCCUGGGAAUGUGCCCGCGGAUACAGAAAAUCGACGCGACGCAGAGGAAUAGAGAGGAUAUCUCAGGCGAAGAUGUGCUGGGGAUAAAAACAAAGUUCACAGAGGACUGUCUGAGUCUGAAUGUUUUCACGCCGAUUGAUGCUGAGGCCGGCGACGAUCUACCUGUCUUGGUUAAUAUCCCCGGGGGAGGAUUUCAUCUACCGGGACGCAGUAAUGGUGGGGAGAUGGUAAUGAAGAGUCGCCGAGAGAAGGGCAGAGAUGGGAAGCUGGACAAAGGCAUCAUCCUGGUGACAAUGUACUACCGCAACGGCAUCUACGGCUUCUUAUCUGGAGAAGAGAUUGCCAAGGACGGGGACUAUAAUAACGGGCUGCGGGAUCAGAGGGCCGCGCUAGAGUGGGUACAAAAGUAUAUUCGAUACUUUGGAGGGAACCCGGAUCGUGUCAUCUUGAUGGGCACGAGUGCGGGUGGUGCCUCAGUGUUGCUGCAGCUCACGGCCAACGAGGGAGAUAACUACUACCCGGUUCCUGGAACUGGGAGGAAACCCUUGUUCCACGGAGCGAUUGCACAGAGCCCGGCGAGUCCUACGUUCUUCACACCAAGCCAGGCAGAGAAGUUCUGGAAAGAAGUGGCUGGUGGGCUGAACUGCACCGACAUUACCUGCGUACGGAACUCAAGCCCGGGAGAUCUUUAUUACGAGAAUUACCCCAUGUCCUUCCCCGGCCGCAACACGCCGCCACGAUGGAUGUGGGCGCCCACCACCGAGCCAGCAGGAGGCAUGUGGACGGAAUCAGCGCCUUCUGCCAUAAUGAACAACCACUACGCCAAGGUCCCUACAAUCUUUGGAUUCACAACCAAUGAAGGAUCAGACCAAGUAAAGAAGUUCACAGACAGCGAAGGGGACUUCAGAUCCUACCUUGCAGACCACUACCCGCUGCUCACAGACGAGGACCUCAAUUUGCUGGUAAAGACAUACCCGAAUGAGCGCCACUGGCCCGACAGCGGGAAAUACUGGGAUGCUAUAUCCAAGGCACAAGGCGAUAUCCGAUACAUCUGCCCUACUUACCUAGCCUCGAAUGCCAUGGGCACAUACAACCCCUCCUCCGUACCCACCUACCAAUACCAAUGGGACGUGAUGUGGGGCCCAGACAUCCACAACGGAUUCGGCACCAAACACGCCGGCACCGUGGGACAAGUCAUGGUCAAGCGUCCCAACGAGAUCAGCGACUACUUCAUCUCGUUUAUCAAGCACCUCGACCCAAACGCUGAACGCACAAAGGGCUCGGCUGUUUGGGAGAAGUUGGAUGAGCGGAAGAGGAGGAUGUUCUUCACCAACAUCAAAGAAGGGGGCAAGCACGGCGAUGGAGAGGACAUGCUGGGGAAGACGAGGACGUGGAUGGAGAAGGUGGAUGAGGGGAGAGAACACAGGUGUGGAACCGUUAUUGGUGGAAUGCUAGAACGCCUGCAGAUGAAGGGUGUGGAAGCGCUGAAGCUUGACUGA